AUGGCCCUAGAUCCCCUGAAGCAGAUCGGGCAAGGCAUCUUCCUCUACGAGCAUACAGCCGACGAGGCACAACCAUCCAGCUCCGAUCCCUCUCUGAUUAUCCUAUGCACUUGGCUCGGGGGCGCAAGUCCCCGACGCAUCAAUAGAUACGUGACACGCUACCGCGCUCUGUUCCCAGGAUCCUCGGUGUUGGUCAUCACAACCACCUUACCAGAUAUCACUAUCCGCACCUUCGGCGCAAUCCGUGCACGGCUCAAGCCAGCCAGGGACGCCAUCUGUCGUCUCCUAGGACCCAGCAAUACCAGCGACAAGCCGCCGUCAUCGCGCCGCAGCGACGCCCUCCUCCAUAUCUUUUCGCAAGGCGGAUGCAACACUGCCAUCCAGCUCGCCCUUUCCAUGAAGGAGAACAAAGGCCCAAGCGCCCUGUCUUACCUCCCCCUGCGGGGCGUCAUCUUCGACUGCUGCCCCGGCGACGUGGAUUUCCAGCGCUCAUACAAAGCCGCCGCCGUUUCUCUCCCCGAGGGCGGAAGGAUGGCCACACUAGCCCGCAGAGCCGCCCUCUACGCGGCCGUGGGCACAAUCGUCAACCUCCAGGAUAUGGGCUUCAUGAGCUCUGUGCGGGACCUGCGCCACCAGCUCAAUGACGAGGCGGUGUUGGGGCGCUCAGUGCGACGGCUGUAUCUGUUCUCUGAGGCGGACGAGAUUGUCGAUUGGCGGGACGUGCAGUCGCAUAUGGAGACGGCUCGGGGCGACGGGUAUUAUGCUGAUGGGGUGAGGUUUAGGCGUAGUCCGCAUUGUGCGCUGAUGCUGGAGGAUGAGACGAAAUACUGGACCAGCGUGGAGCAGUUUUGGAAGGGGGAGGAGUUAUCGUAUACGAUCGAUGAUCUUGAACUGAAUAGUGGGGAUAUCAUAGCAGACACAGAUGGCUCAGUGCUUCGUACUCCGCGUAUUCUCCCGCCGAACUCCCAACGCGUUGUCUGCUCAGUUGUUCUCCCGACGCAGUCCACGCUUAUGGAUCUGCUAUCAGUCCUACCGGGCUUCCAGACCAAAUCAUAUGCUCAUAUUAUACCCCCACUCGAGAGAAACAAAAUAACCACCGUCGAUCUCAUCACCCUCGACACGCUCGAGAUCGCAAAACGCGCCCAUGUCCCUCCCGCGGACCUUCGCCGACUGACAGCCCAGGUUGUCAACGCCUUACACAAGGAUCUUGGCUUCGAGGAGGUGGAUACUGGCGAAAAUGGCUCUGAACCCAGCUCUAGCAUUGAUGUCGAGAGACCCCUCGUCCCUGGUCCGUUGACCAAGCUAGAUUUGUCAUGUUGGAAUGCGAUCAGCACUCUCGACCCCACGCUGGAUGAGCUGCUCAAUGGUGGGGUGCCGGUGGGAUACUUGACGGAGGUUACUGGGGAGAGCGGCAGCGGCAAGACGCAGUUCCUCCUUGGCCUCCUCCUCGCGGUCCAGCUUCCUGAGCCACGAGGGCUGGGGAAAGGCGCAAUUUACAUAUCCACGGAAGCCGCGCUGGCUACAUCGCGACUGUCGCAGCUCCUUGAGUCCCAUCCGUACCUCUCGACGUUGCCCGAAGACCGCGCGCCGACUCUGGAGAACAUCCUCUCCAUCAAUGCGAUGGAUCUCGAGACCCAAGAUCACAUCCUCAACUACCAGCUCCCCGUCGCAAUCACGAGAUACAACGUUGGCCUGGUGGUCAUUGACUCCAUCACCGCCAACUACCGGGCCGAACAUACCUCCCACAACGUCCAAGGGCUGUCGACCCGAUCCAGCGAGCUAGCGAAACUCGGCCAGCUGCUGCGCAAUCUGGCGACGGCGCACAACAUCGCCAUCGUGGUCGCAAACCAGGUCUCGGACCGCUUCGACCCCCUCGAAACAAACCCGACCCUGCUACGCACCGCAGCCUACGGAAAUACGGUCUUCUCUUCCUCGCCAGCACCAACACAACCCCAGGGCCCUCCCACCCCGCUGCGUCGCGAAAACGCCGCGUCACCACGACCGCCUACACGGUCCAGGUUUUUGGAACCGGCAACCGCCGAACUCUCGCCGCAAAUCCUCCUGCCACCGCCAUCGUCCUCCCCAGCCUUCCCCUCCUCGCCAUUCGUCUCAGACGACCAGCAGCAGCAGCAGCAGCCCGACUUCGACGGAUCGUACCUCGUCGGGAACGCCAUCCACAACGAGCUGCUAGACCUAGUCCACCAGCAACGCUUCUUCACCGGAUGGGGCGACGAGUCCCCACCGACACAAACGAACACCUACCCAUCCCUCCGGCAGCCGUCGCAAAAGACACCCGCCCUGGGCUUCGUCUGGACGACGCAGAUCGCAUGCCGCAUCGCGCUGAAGAAACAAGACCUCCCUGCACCCAUCGACCCACCCACAUCUCCACUACCGCGCAAUACUUCAAAAGAUGCAGUCGAUCAUCCCUCACAAACACCACCCACACACCCCACCCCUGAACACCGACAAACCCCGUCCGCCUCAUCCCCCGCCCCUGUCCUCCCUGACCGCACGAUCCGCCGAACGAUGAAACUCGCCUUUGCGCCCUGGAGCGCGGGAACCGUGGCGUGCACAACAGACGAGGGUGCCGCCCCCGUGCAGCAUGAAGUCGAAUAUACCAUCUGGAAGGGAGGGUUGAAGGGUGUACAGAACAACCAAUAG